AAUUUCUUGUUUGAAAAUGGCUUCACCACCUAAUAAACUGAAGAUUGAGGCGAAUGGAUCUCGUUUAAGUAAACUUUUGAUAAAUAAAGGAACCCAAGCUUUGAAAGCAACAUUGCAAUUUAGUUUUAACUUUCGAUCAUCAAGUUUGAUCAAUGAACUUAAAGAUCUUUUAACAAUGAACAAAUUGACUUUGCUUAAAAAGAGAAGGGUCAUCAGUAAAGAGCAAUGGGAGCUUCUUUACCCGUCAAAUGGCUCAUCACCUGACAUUGACAACUUUGACAUCUCAAUAUUGACUGUCUUAUUGAGAAAUAUUUGUGGUCUAACAGCGCCUUCUGGAGGAUGGGAUAGUCUUCCUUCCUCUUCAGAUACUUCAAUCUCAGCAAAUAUUGCAAGAAUAAAGUUUUAUCGAAACAAAGUGUACGGUCACAUAGCUAAAACUAGUGUAGAUGAUAGGGAGUUUGAGUACUUGUGGCAGGAAAUUUCAAAAGCAUUGGUUGGUCUGGGUAUUCAACAAACUGAAAUAGAUGAAGUAAAGAAAGCUCCCCUCAGUCCUGAUGAGGCAAACCAUAUUGAAAUAUUGAAAAACUGGUAUGAAAAAGAUCAACAAUUAAUCAAUGUUGCUGAGAAAACCAACGAAAAUGUAAAAGAAUUAAAAAAAGAGUUUGAAGCUAUGAAAAAUAAAGUAGAAGAAAUUAAAGAAAACAUGGCGACAAAAGCUGAUGUAACCAGAGUGAAAGAAAUGAUACAGGACAAAACAUGCUCAGAUCUCAAGAAGCUUGGAAAGUGUAAGUUUAAUGGUAUUAUAAAAGAUCUUAACAAGAAAUACCUUGAAGGCACUAGACAAUGGUUAUUUGAAAAACUCGACACUUGGUUUAACGAUAAAAGUGAAGAUGCUUCUAAUGUCAUGAUUUUGAUUGCCGGUCCAGGUGUUGGUAAAAGUGUGUUUGCUGCUGAGGUGUGUCGACGAUAUUCUGAAAAGAAGAAACUUGUUGCUUCUCAUUUCUGCAGAUAUAAUAGAUCAGAUUAUAGAAAUCCUCGAAUAUUGAUAGAAUCAUUGGCCAGUAGCAUGUGUGAUACAAUAUCAAAUUUUAAAAGUAAACUGAAUGAAGAAUUACAGAGAAACCAUUCCAAAGAAUCGAUCACCGAUAAAUUCCUUGUUUUAUUAAAUAAUCCAUUGCAUUCAUUGGAAGAUCAUGAACCAAUGCUUUUGGUUAUUGAUGCCUUAGAUGAAAGCCAAGUUGAUGGCAAAAGUGAAUUGUUGGAAUUGAUUGCAGAAGAGUUUGACCGACUGCCUCAAUGGAUUAAAAUCUUCAUCACCAGUCGUCCAGAACUUCCUGUUCAAAAGGAAUUGAAAGACAUGCAUCCUGUGGAAAUUACAACUCAUCCUCGUGAUGAAAACAACGAAGAAGACCUGCACAAGUAUUUGAGACAUGAGUUGAAUGAUCGGGUGCAGGAAGAUCCCCACGUUCUAUCGUCAUUAGUUGAAAAAUGUGAGGGAUCAUUUCUUUAUGCGUAUUACGCACAACAGAGCUUGAAUAAAGAAAAUAUUGAGCUUACUUACGAAAACAUUCGACAAUUGGUCCCUAGUGGGUUAAGCGGUGUUUACACAAAGCAAUUGAAAAGAGUAAAAGAAAUGUUAACGAAGAAAAGUCGCAGAAAUUCUGUUAUCUCAGAAACUACUUUCAUGCAAUUUCUUGAAUUGUUGGCUGCCUCUCGGGAGUUUUUACCAUUAACUUUACUGUUUAGCUAUUUAGGUUUUUCUGGUGACAUCAAGUUUGAAGUCCGCAGUAAAAUCAUUGAACUGUUAUCUCAAAUUUUGCCUGUUUACGAUGAUUGUUUAACCGUGUAUCACAAAUCUCUAAUUGAUUGGUUAAAAUCAGAUGGUUACGAACAGCAUGUGUUUACAGUUGAUCCAAAAAAUGGUCAUAAGUUCUUAUGGCAUGCUUGUGAGAAAGUGUUUGAACAAAUUAAGUCGAUGAACAUUUUUGAAGAUCAGAUGAACACUGCUAUGAUUAAAUAUGCUAUGAAGAAUGGAAUCUAUUAUUUGUCAAAAUGUGGCGAAAAUGUUGACUUUAGCUGGGCAGUAGAUAUCAAAGUGCUUUGUGCAAGGUUAUUGUAUGUAGUAGACAUUAAAGUGAAUACCAAUAACUUUGAAUUGUCUGAAAUCAUUACGGAACUACGAACUUUCUUGAGAAAAGAUGUACUUGAUGAAGAACUAUUUCAUUUGUUAGUUAUAAUGAGGUAUCAGUUAAUGAGGUAUAAGAAUGGUGAUAGCUUAAAUUUUUUGCAAAGUUUUGCAAACAGAAUUCAUGGCAGUAACGAAAAAAGAUUAUUGGCAAGAGAUUUAUUGAAACAAGGAAAGCUUGUUUGGUUUGAGGAUUUAGACUCGACAUAUUUAACAAACCAUCAUCAUUUGACUGUCUCCUUGCGUGCUAACGUUACAUCUCUUUGUGUGUCGUCCAAUGAAGAACUUCUUGCUGUAGGAUAUGAAAAUGGUCAAAUAUCUAUUUUUGAGCUUCCUGAAUUUACAGAAAGAUGCAUUCUUGGCACUGUACUUGAUGAUUCUAGGCUGAAAGAAUGGGACAGGGAUAACAAAUUUGAAUCCUUGUAUUACUUAUAUGACUAUUCAGACAACAUACCGUAUAUUUUCGACAAACUUGGUUUUAAACGCGGAAAUAUCUGUUGUUGCUCCUUUUCACCUACCGGAAAUAGACUGGUAACUAGUGAUGGAUCUACUGAAGUAAAGUUGUGGGACGUUAACAAUGUUCGUUUGUUAUUAUGUUUACAGUCAGAUGAUGUCGUUAAUCGUUGCUCUUUCUUAGAUUCUGGUUUGUUUAUUACAGCAGACUAUGUAAAACAUGACAAUGAACAUCCUAAAGAUGUGUUCACUGUAUGGAAUGCAAUAACUUUGCAAAGAAUCGAUCGACGCUACGUUGUUGAUUACCAAAAACUACAAUGCACCGAUAAAUAUUCAGAGCUCCUUGCUGCAGAAUCCGUCGAGGCUUCGUAUGUUUUUCAAUUCCCAAAGGCAAUCGAGUUUUUUCCCCAACCUUUACAUUUAAUGAUAAAUGUAAAGGUUGGGGAAACAUUACACCAUUAUCGUGAUUGUAUUUGUUAUCAUACAAGCCAGAAUGGAAAGCUUUCUGACAUCACUCAGUUGACAAAAUACAACGAUCAAGGAGAAAUCGAGUUUUAUUUACCAUAUGUUAAGUGUCCAUGUGUUGAUAGGACUCUUAACAAAAAGAACCAGACAUUAGAAAAGCUUGGGGAAAAAUACGUAUCAAGAUUGGAGAAUUUGUUGUUGGCAAUGAACAUCACAAACGCCGCAAGAAAGAAGGCGAUGCUCCUGCACUAUGUCGGUGAAGAAGUUAAUGAGAUAUUUGAAACUUUAGAAAUUGACGAGCCAGAUAGAGAAGAAGAUGUAUUUAAAAAAGCGGAGAAAGCGUUACGAAAUUACUUCACUCCACAGAAGAAUAUAGAAUUCGAAGUUUAUAAGUUUCGUCAAGCGAAACAACUCCCAGGAGAAAACAUAUCCGCGUACAAUACGAGAUUGAAACAAUUGGCCAAAUCCUGCGAAUUUCAUGAAGAAAGCAGAGAUAAAACCAGAUCAUACAAAAUGGUUCAUUUUCAAAUUUGCGGAGAAAAGCGUUAG